GUAUUCCGGGUAAAGAAAGUAUUAGGCCCAGAGAGGAGGAAGCUGGAGCGUGCAGAGGACAAAGAGGCCCUUGAGAGCUGCUCCCUACAAAACGUGCAUCGUGGUGAAAGCUGUGGGAGUCUAGCUGGCCUAGUUUACUCCUCCCUCUCAGGCAGCCCCAUGGCCUCAGAGGCACCGUCCGGAUUGUCUCUUCUGUAGGAUAGAGUGGAAAGAGCAGCCGGGCAGCCCAAUCAGGAUCUGUUGCCCUUCCAGGGUCUGGUGACCUUUGAGGAGGUGGCCGUCUAUUUCACGGAGGAGAAAUGGGCCCUGCUGGAUCCUGGCCAAAGAGUUCUGCACUGGGAAGUCAUGGAGGAGAAUUAUGAGACGGUGGCCUCUCUGGAGUCGGACCUCCAUUCGUGUUGGGAAGAAAGAAAAGAUCCCUUUAUCCAGUAUCCCAAAGAUGCGACAUCAACAGCAGGUGACCGGCAGAAUGAGAAUUAUAGAAAACCACAGAUGGUGCCACUGGUAAUAGCCAAGGCUGAGAGUCAAAAAGAGAUAUUUGGAAAUCACAGGGGACCAAAAACGUCUGAAAGAAAGCAGCCAAAGAAUGGGAGCAAGAAAUCCUCUACUUGUCAUAGUUUUCAUCAAAGAACACACACCGGAGAAAAACCAUUUAAAUGCAUGGAAUGUGGAAAGAGCUUCAGUGUAAAAAAUAGCCUUACUUCACAUCACAGAACCCACACAGGGGAGAAACCAUUUAGAUGCAGGGAAUGUGGAAAAAGCUUUACUCGGAACGAUCAUCUUAUUUCACAUGAAAGAACCCACACAGGAGAGAAACCAUUUAAAUGCAUGGUGUGUGGAAAGAGCUUUAGUCAGAGCAGUAAUCUUACUUCACAUCAAAGAACCCACACAGGGGAGAAGCCAUUUAAAUGCAAGGAGUGUGGAAAGAGCUUCCCUCAGAAUGGUCAACUUACAUUACAUGAAAGAACCCACACAGGAGAGAAACCAUUUAAAUGCAAGCAGUGUGGAAAGAGCUUUAGCCACAAGUGGUACCUUACAUUGCAUGACAGAACACACACAGGGGAGAAACCAUUUAAAUGCAGGGAGUGUGGAAAGAGCUUCAGUGUAAAAAACAGCCUUACUUUACAUCACAGAACGCACACAGGGGAGCAACCAUUUAAAUGCAGGCAAUGUGGAAAGAGCUUCAGUGGAAAUGGUCAACUUAAAUUACAUGAAAGAACCCACACAGGGGAGCAACCAUUUAAAUGCAGGCAAUGUGGAAAGAGCUUCAGUGUAAGCAAUAAACUUACUUUACAUCAGCGAACACACACAGGGGAGAAACCAUUUCAAUGCAUGGAGUGUGGAAAGAGCUUCAGUGUAAGCAAUAAACUUACUUUACAUCAGAGAACUCACACAGGGGAGAAGCCAUUUAAAUGCAAGCAGUGUGGAAAGAGCUUUAGACACAAGCGGUACCUUACAGUACAUGAAAGAACCCACACUGGAGAAAAACCAUUUAAAUGCAGGGAAUGUGGAAAGAGAUUCAAUCAGAGCAGUAAACUUACUUUACAUCACAGAACACACACAGGGGAGAAACCAUUUAAAUGCAGGGAGUGUGGAAAGUGUUUCAGUCAGAACAGUAGCCUUACUUUACAUGAAAGAACCCACACAGGGGAGCAACCAUUUAAAUGCAGGGAAUGUGGAAAGAGCUUCAGUCAGAGCAGUCACCUUACUUUACAUCACAGAACACACACAGGGGAGAAACCAUUUAAAUGCAGAGAGUGUGGAAAGAGCUUCAGUGACAGCAGUAACCUUAAAUUACAUCACAGAACUCACACAGGGGAGAAGCCGUUUAAAUGCAAGCAGUGUGGAAAGUGCUUCAGUCUGAACAGUAGCCUUACUUUACAUGAAAGAACCCACACAGGCGAGAAACCAUUUAAAUGCUGGGAGUGUGGAAAGAGCUUCAGUCAGAGCAGUAAACUUUCUUUACAUCGAACAACCCACACAGGGGAGAAGCCAUUUAAAUGCAGGGAGUGUGGAAAGAGCUUUAGUCGGAGCAGUGACCUUACUUCGCAUCAAAGAACCCACACAGGGGAGAAGCCAUUUAAAUGCAAAGAGUGUGGAAAGAGCUUCAAUCAGAGUGGUAGCCUUACACUACAUGAAAGAACACACACAGGGGAGAAACCAUUUAAAUGCAGUGAGUGCGGAAAGAGCUUCAGUGUAAGCAGUCACCUUACUUUACAUCACCGAACACACACAGGGGAGAAACCAUUUAAAUGCAUGGAGUGUGGACAGGGCUUUAGUCACAGAAGUAAGCUUACUUCACAUCAAAGAACCCACACAGGGGAGAAGCCAUUUAAAUGUAAGGAGUGUGGAAAGAGUUUCAGUCAGAGCGGUCACCAUACUUUGCAUCAAAGAACCCACACAGGGGAGAAACCAUUCAAAUGCAGGGAGUGUGGAAAAAGCUUCAGUGUAAGCAGUAGACUUGUUUAACAUCACAGAACACACACGGGAGAAACCAUUUAAAUGUAGUGAGUGGAAAGAGGUUCAGUCAGAGCACACUUCACAUGAAAAAACACUAUGGAGUAACUUUUUUAAUGCACGGAGUAUGGAAAGAGAUUCAAUGAAAGCAGUAGGCUUACAUCACAGGGGAUACACAGGAGAAACAAUUGAAAUGUAGGGAGUAUGGAAAGAACUUCAAUGGGAGCUUUAUUCUUCAUCUUGCAGGCUACAUAGAUUAAAGCCCUAUACAGGUUGGGGCCAGGAUGCUUAAAAAAUUAUCUCACCUGUUAUAUAUGCAGCCCAUCACUGAAAUCUGCAUAGGAUGGCUUGAAAGCACAUAACAACAACAACAAAGUCCUGCCCUCUGUGAACAGAACAAAGUCAUGUGGACGAAACAGGCUCAGUCUGACACUUGUGAACAUGCAUCCACUGGGCAUGAAGCUCAUCUUGAAAUGCCUGUUGGGGGUGGCACUGGAGAACCUAGUAAAGUUAGGAACAGCGGAUGCAAUUCACUGUGUCACAGGCCACCUGUAUUUAUAGAAAUUGGCCAUCUCAAAUUCUUUAUAAUUGAUUUAUAUAAAAUUAUGUGGGGAAAAGUGGUGCAAACAAUACAAGCCAAAAUGAGAGUAAAAAGACAAGCUGCCACUUAAAGAAUCUUUUUUUCCUUUGAGUUUUGUUUACAGUAGUUCCAAAAUAAAAUGUUUCUCAUAGUAUGAACAUUUUAUAAGGAGUCUGAGCGUUCAGCCCAUGAUCAUGUCUAUAUAUGGCUGAAGCUGUAAAGGGGUGAGUCAGGAGAAUUUAUUAGAAUACAACAUCAGCAUCAAGAUGUAGGGUUAGGAUGAGAGUUCAAAUGAUGGAGUAUAGUUGUAAUAUGAACAUGAACUGACAAAGUCUAGAUAGAUACAAACUAGAGCUAUAAAAGUCAGACAGCCUUAGGGAUUUUUACCAGUUGUCUGUGACACUGGUCGAAGAAAGAACCACCUGCUCUGAGAGUUAAGCUCUAUACACAACAAAGGUGAGACCACUCCUUUUCAGAUGGAAAUGCAAUGUGACCUAUGCUGUCCUUUGAAAUGUAACACAUUAGUGUACAUCCCCGUUGUAUGCGCUGUGUAAGAUCUAUGUUCUGAUAUAUGGUUAUGUCCACAAUGUAUAGUAAAUUAGAUGUAUUAAUAAUAAAUAGACACUGAUAAACAUUUCCUUUGUAACUAUGGAAUAUUCUUCCUGAUGAGAUACGCCUGGCACCAACAUUAUUAUCCUUUCCGCGUCAGAUAAAAAUCUUCCUCUUCUC